UGCACCGGAACCCGCCGGCUAGCGCCGGCCUUCCCUAGUGGGAAGGGGCCAGCUGGUGGGAGGCGGCUGGAGAACAACAAACUCUGCAGAGAGACACACACCCCCCCUCCACACACCAUGAAGUGAGGAGGGGAGAGACCCUUGGUCUCUGUUGCUGCUGUUGCUGCUGCUGCAGCGGCACCUACUGCCGUUCAACCCCUUAGACAGCUCUUCUUGUGGAGGGCUAACCUCACUCAUCUAUGAAGCGGCUUGUCCUACGCCGCUGGGUGCAAAGGAUACCGAAAGAUGGACAGAUUCUGUGUAAUGUCUUACCUUCAGGUGGGGAUGUAGUGAGUGAAGCUUUGGCAGAGCCAAAUCAGGUCACUGCAGCCACUGAGACCAGCAUUUAUGACACUUACAAAGAACAGGACUAUGUCAAGAAUUCUGGGGGUAUACUUGAUGAAAAUGAAUUAAGACCACCCUCCCAGCUACAUUCUCUCUUAGAGAAGAUUGAGACAGGGUUCAUAUCAGAAAAGAUUUUUGAGACAGUGACCUUGAGCUCAGACUCUCUCUUCAAGAGAGCAGUUUCACUUCUCCAUACUUCUUACUUGGACCCUGCAUCUGAGCAUGGUUUUCAAUACAGUCAAGUGACUUUGGUGAAAAAUGACAUUUUCUUAAAUGAGUACAAAACUUUUUAUGAACAAAAAAAGGCAAGUAACUAUACUCAGGAAGAACUGCAAGAAACUUACGGGUUUCUUCUGUUUGAAACUGAAGAUCAGGCAAAAUUUGUAUGUCAGCGUGGACUUUGUGUUGGCAGCAGUUCUAUUACCACUCUAGGUGAUCCAGCCAAAGGUGUAUACAUUUCCAAAUACUCAGACUAUCUUCAUCCAAGACCAUGGUAUCAUGGGAAAUCGGGUUAUGUUGUAAUUUUUAAUCUAAUUAAGGGAAAAGUAAAGUGUGUAUCUGAGAAUUAUACAGCUAACUAUAUAAGGCCGUCUCCUGGUUAUGAUUGCCAUGUAGCUGUAAAUGCUAACAAGAUCUCUCACAAGACAAGUCAUUUUCGUGCCUUUGAACUGAGUCAGUAUUAUCUCUAUGAACUUUCAGGCAACACUGUUACUGAACGACCUAGACAGAUCUCUCCGUGCGUAAUCGUAGCUUUUAAGUACAUGGAACCUAAAAAGAUGGCAGAACAAACUCAUAAAAGCCUACUUGAACUCCGUGAAAACGUUCUCAUCUCUCCAUGGAAAGGGAAAUUAAUUAUUCAAGGCUGUAUGCUCUGUGAUAUAACUCUUCGGUCUACUAACGGUACAGUGAUUCCAACACAAAUCCCACAGGAUCUUGAUUUUAAGUAUGUGAUGGAAGUGUCAUCUCUGAAAAGAAGACUACCAGAAGCUGUCUUUAGGAAACAGAAUUAUUUGGAGCAAAAAGUCUUGUACCAAGAUUUAUGCUUCAAUUUGUAUGAGGUGGAACUGUCAAAUAGACAAGGGAAAAAGAUAGAUAAACUAACAGAAUACAUUAAAAAUAAGCAAUUGGCAAUCAUCAGACAUUUAGAAGAUCAGGAGUUUUUCAUUUUGCUUACAUCAUCAGCCUUAAUAUCAGAACCAGAUGUUGGAGAUGAACAGAUGAGUCUGCAUGGGUUACAUUUAUUCCAUUCAUCCCCGUCAAAAGGAGUGAAAGAUUCAAAGGGCGAAGAUGAUAUCUCAUUGAAGGUGAUACCUAUUUUACCUGCUCUUAAUGGUGCUCUGGUAGAAGCAAAGAAACUACUUUCUGAAGAUGGAUCCUGUCCAAACACAUUAGUAAAGCAGAGUUUUCAAGAACUGUACAAGGUGGACAGAAGUCCUUUGUUGGCUGCUACAUCUCAGGAUGAAAUUAAAGAGACUUCAUUUUUUGGGAAAUUGUCCAGUGGCUUUGACAUGUUUCCUCCAGCUGAAAAGUGUCCUUUAGAAUCUUUAACUCAAUUGAAGUCUUAUUUUUCAAAUCCUAGUGGAUACAUUUUGGAAGUAUCAACUGCUUUGGAUUUGUUAGCACAGCAUCCUCAGUCUUCCUGUAUUUCACAUGGAAUUUGUGAUGCUGGAUUUUCUUUAGUUACAACUCCAGAACCUGAAUUUCUUGACUCAGAAGUAGGAGUAAGAAAAAACACUGAAACAGAAAAUAAUUCUAAGGAAAUGUUGAAAGUAAGGAAGAGGGCUGUGGUUCCACUGAGUCCAGCAUCAAAUCUGAGAGUACAGCCUAAGAGAAAGGCCAGCAUGCCACCCAUUGUGCAGAGUAAAAGGGUAAACUUGUGCCGCCCCUUUUCCAAGAAAACUGCUCCUGUAGCAGACAAUGGCUUGGACUCCCCAACAACUCUGAAGUUAAUUGAAGGACAGUUUCCUCAGAAAAGAAAAAGAGGUGCGGAAGUGCUGACUGCACAGUUUGUACAGAAAGCCAAAUUGGCUAGGAAAAACCAGGACGCUCCUAUUUCUAAAGCUGUUCCAGUGGCAACAAAUGCUAAGAGGGCAAGGAAACAAGAGAAAUCUCCAGUCAAAACUGUUCCAAGGGCUAAGCAACCUGUGAAGAAAUCUCCACAAAAACAGAGGGUAAACAUAGUAAAAGGCAAUCAGAAUCCCAGAAUCAGAAAACAACCACAAAAUGGCACAGAGGAAACUGCUUCGCAGCUUCAAUCAGAAAUUUUAUCAGGUGGUCAAGAAGGUACUAGCAUAAAUACAGCUCAGCCAGAAAAUACCACAAUGGCUCAGAAAGAUCUUCCUGAGAACUCCAUGGGCAGCUAUGACUCCCAGGCCCUAAAUAUGUUAGCUGAUUUAGCAUUAAGCUCUGCUACUUCUUCCACACCACCAGCCGAACCUGGAGAUCCUCUUUCCAGCUCUGAAAUGUCACUAAAUGAUGCUUUACUCUCUAAAGAAAAUUCUUUGCGAGGUACAUAUGACCAUGAAUAUCAUAGAGGAGUUAAAAGUCUAAAAGGUGGAUUAUUACCUGUGCCAUCCUCUGACAGGAAGAAUAAUGCAGAGUCAGACUUAACCGUUAACCAGGAUGAAAAUAACUCAGUUUCUUGUAGUUUUGAGAUGACUGUUCAAGCCCAGUCAUCACUUACUGAAGAAACACUAGAAUCUUCAGAUGUAAGCCAAAGCUCUUUUGUUGCUGUGGAACAUUCAUAUGCUGUGCUCCUUGGUGAACAUUCAAAGAAACAUUUACAGCAGAGAGGGGUGUCAGGCCCUGCCUUUGCCAAGAAUGGUACCAAAGGCCCUGAAGCAGGAACUCCAGUGGGAAAAGUCAUGCCAUUUCGUCAUCAACAGAAUACCUCCCCUCUACAAAAGGUUUCUGAGGAUCCAUUGUUAAAGCACAGGAAUCGAUUGAUGUCUUCCAGCCUGAACGAUUUUUAUUGUUCCCAUACCGUCUUUAGUUGUGAUGGCUCCUUUAAGGUCACCUUUAAAUGUGAAACAGACUAUUCCUUCAGAUUGGAUAGCAAAUAUACCAGUAACCCACUAGAGAGAACUGUAGUAAGAGCAUUACAUGGUCCCUGGAAUACUGAUUUGCCUGAAAAUGUGGAAGAAGUGAAGCUUUUACUUCAUAUGUGGGUAGCUCUGUUUUACAGCAGUCAAAACAAAGUCAUACGAUCAUCCCGAAAAGUGGUAGAACACAGCAACCCAGACAAAUAUGUGUCUAUAAAUACAAUGUUGGAAUCUUUUGAACUCAGUGAAAUUGCAGAAUCUCCCAAUAUGGAAAGAUGUUCUACAGACCCUGUCUUGGAGACUAAUGAAACUUCUGCAAGUCAUGCUGCCAGACUGUCCUUCUCCAAUUCUAACUGCCUACUUCCUUUCCUCAAACCACCACCUGCCAGAGGCUUAGAACUCUGUGUACAGAAUAAGCAGGAAGAAAUUUUCAUAAGAGAAUUUCAUCCAGAUACCCCAGAAAACCAGAAUUUCAUCUAUACUCGUAAUAGUGAGGUAAUUGGUGGGAAAGCUCAACAAGAAUCAUCAGGUAAACUAGAGACUUCUAAUCUUACGUGUCCUAGUAUUGGAUGUACCCAAAUUAAUGGACCUUCUCUUCUUGGUAACGAUAAAACUUGUCAACCACUUGACAGCACAAGAGGGAAUUCUUAUAAUGAUACUGUCACACAAGCUACAUUCACCAAGCUUUAUGAUGGGACCAGCAAUCAGUCAGUGAUGUGUCAAAAAUCUAUGUACAGCACCCUUGAAAGCAAAGUUGAUACUUUUCUCCCAACAGCGCAAACAAAGACUGGUGCUUUCGAGGACCUCAUUCAGCAUAACAGUUCCAUAAACAAUGAAUGUCAGCCUUCUCUGGAAAGAAAGGAUGAUCAUGUGGGCUAUGUAAUGAUUAACCUGGAACCAGUUACUCUUACUUUUGAAAAAAAUGCCUAUAUACCAUUAGAGGGAGAAGUGGUAAAUACAGCUGAUAAACCUACAGUUUUUAAUACGGAGUUGAUUAAGCAAGUAUCACCUGCUACAAGUCUUAGACAUUCUAAAGAUAAAUGUUCAUUACAGAAAGAGAUAACUCACCCAGUCUCCUCAUCACCAUCCGAUAAGGCAGUGGUAAUGGAGGCAUUAUCAUUAGUUAAAAGUCCUAGUUGUCCACUACCCAGUGAUGAAAUGAAACACUCUCAAGGGUUGUUUCUACAAACUCAGAGUCUCUUUAGCAUAUCUUCAGAGGAGAUUAUUGAGCCAUCACAGGUGGAAGUAGUCUCUUCAGCCUCUGCAAACUUGGAGAAAAACUAUUUACUUAAUCAUAUUCCAUCAAGAAAUAAUACAUUUAAUCACUUUUUAGAAGUGGAGAAAAAUGACAGUAGUCUAAACAGCAAAAAUAGGAAUUUUGAAUCAGUCAAUUCAGUAUUUAGUAAACAAACUGGCCUACCUAUGAUUAGAGAGGAGGUAAGCCUAGAGUUAUCAGAGGAAGAUUCUGAUAUUGACCUAACUCUCACAAUAUCUCCACCUGUAAGUCCCAGAGAAAAAAUUCCUACUGGUGAAAUAGAGCAAUUUAAGGAGAACCCAAUAUCAAAUUUAGAACUUCAGAAUAUAACUGAAGAAAUAGUUGAACCAGAAGAGGUGACCCUUACAGAAAACAGAGAAAUGAGUUCAGUUGACUAUAUGUCAGUGUAUCCUACAGUAUCAGAAGAACCGUUAAUAAAUAAGGAGACAAAAGAUGGCAAUUUACAACCAGUUACCUUAAUAGUAUCUAAAGAAAAUUGUACCCUAGAGAUUGCAGAGGAAAUUAAUGUUACCUCUGACUUUCCCUUUGAUUCUCUGAUUGAAGAAGUGUCACCAGCUUCUAGUCCUGACCCCCCAGUACCAACUGAAGAGACACGACCAUCUCAGGCUGUAUCUUCAUGUAGUUUAAAACUUCAUGGUACACGGUAUGAAAAAAGUAACUCGUUCUCCCAGAUUGAGUCGGGAGAUUUAACCAUAACAGAAAAGGAAAAUACUAUUGUAGGUCCUGCUUAUCCAGUAGGACAAGAAAACUUAACUCAUGUACAACAAAUGCAGCUCUCUGCUGAAAUGCCUCUAAUAUUAAUUAAUCACCCAGGGAGAAAGGACAAACUAAUCCUUCCUGGUAAAGCAACUGAGAAAAUUGUCCCAGGUGAGUGUGGUGAGGGUUUAUCUUUGUUAGAAAAGGUGCCAUGCUGUGAUACAGAGUUAUACCAGACUACCCCAACUGCCAGAGGCAGAGGUAACACCAGGCCUUCUCUCGAAAAACCAAUAAAGUCAGGAACUCCACUGCAGCCAAUUAGCAUAGAAAAUAGAACUGUGGACUUAGAACAUGUCUUGGAGUCCAGUGACUUAGAAAAUCCAUUUAGUCUUACAAAGAUUAUUGAAAAUAAGUCUUUGACUGACACAUUGGUUUCUACCACUGCUUCACCUGGUAUAGCAACAGUAUCAUUAAAACAGCAGACUACACCUAAAACCAUUAAGAAAAAUCUUGAAAAUAAUUUGGAAACAGACAAAGACACCUAUUUGCAAGUUAGGUCCUUUAGCUCUGAGUCAGUUGUUGGGGUUGGUGUUACACAGCCACAUAUGCACUUAGAGAUCCCAAAACUUGAUUCUUCUUCAGAUAGUACUACAUUAACCCAUUAUCCACAACCAAAAAUAGGAGAGUCAGGGCCUCAAAAACAGGAAAUACCAGUUAGAAUGGCCAAUUUAUCUAACAGUAAUGAAACACAAGCCAAGUUACAUGAAGAAACCACUGAUCUGAGUGCUGUUGGCCCUCAGUCUAACACCAAAUCUCUAAAAGAUGAACAAAAAAUCCACAUGCUGCAAGAUAUGUCCACAUGUGAAACAAAAGAGCUGUUGAAUGGAGUUUUCUCUAUGUAUUCUGAUUCUCACAAAAAUAUAACAGACAUCAGUGAAAAUAUAAAUAAAGAAACUUCUGCUUCCUUUGCUCCCAAAUCAUUUGACUGUCUUGUUUAUGGAGUCUCUAAAGAACAUCUAGACAGUGAAAGCACAAGUCAGGGGCUCAGGACUGAUGCUGAUUCUAGAACUCUGGACAGAAAUAGGGAGAUCAGUGUGAACCCUGACAUGCACUACGAACCACUUUCUGGACACUCUGAUGAAGAUUGUCUUGGUAGAAAUCUUAAACGAAACAUGGAGGAUUCUUGCACUUUGAGAGGCAAUUGUACUAGAAAAAAUGGUGCUACAAAAGAUGGUUAUUCCUCUUUUAUGAGCCGGCGCCCUAAUGAUAAUGAAGACUGGGGCUACUCUAACCAGGUUCUGAGAGCAGGUUCGAGCAUUCCUCCCAGAAACUGGCCCACUGGAAUAAAGAGAGGAGAUAAACGUGUGCCCUGUUAUGUCCAAAUCCGAGAUCUCCUUGGUAUCCCUAGGACCUAUGCUAACUUUACUAUAACAAAAGAAGUCAAAGAUACCGCAAGAACUUUGCAUACCCUGAGGAGGUACCAGAGUUUUACUGAAAACUGCAGCUUGCUCAGCUCCUUGACAAGUACUUGGCAGGUGACAGACAGUCUCACUCAGAAUACAUUAGAUAUGGAGUUUUUACGUUUUGCAUAUAAGGUAAAACAAAUAGUAAAGAGUGGACAUUCUCAGCGUUCUGUUUUUUCCGCUAAUGUCUUUCCAAAGGAGUCACCUAUCCAGGUUGCCAUGGGACCUUUCCCUUUGACAAAAUCAUCUGAAGUCCCAAUUGUUCGUUCUGUGUCUAGGAGCAGAAGCCCUCUUCUGGUGACAGUGAUGCACUCAGAUGCCAGAGAACAGGAUCAGCACAGGAGAGGCCACACAUCCAGUAAUCUGGGUAGCUCUUCUUCCUUCUGGAAGGAGAGAUGUUGUCAUGGUAACAAUCUUACAAAAUCUCAAAAAAAUCAGACUGUUUCUUUUCACCUCAACAAACUGAAAUAUAACAGCACUUUGAAAGACUCUCGGAACGAUAUAUCACUUAUUCUCAAUGAAUAUGCUGAAUUCGAUAAGGUGAUGAUGAAUAGCAAGCAGGUAGUUCUCCAAGAUAAAGAGUUAAAUGUUGAUGCUGGAGAAGCCACUUCUCAAGAGAGGUACUCAUCUUUCCCAAGACGGUCAGCCUCUUAUGAAGACAUGAUUACAGACCUGUGUACAAAUUUGCAUGUCAAACUAACAAGUGUUAUGAAAGAGGCUUGCAAGAGUACCUUCCUAUUUUACAUUGUUGAAACAGAAGACAAAUCAUUUUUUGUAAGAACAAAGAACAUUCUGAGGAAAAGAGGUCAUAAAGAAAUUGAACCUCAGCAUUUCUGUCAAGCUUUUCACAGAGAGAAUGAUACCUUCUUAGUCAUCAUCAGAAAUGAAGAUCUUUCAUCACACUUGCAUCAGAUUCCUUCUUUACUGAAGCUGAAGCAUUUUCCCAGUGUCAUCUUUGCUGGGGUAGACUGUCCUGAGGAUGUCCUUGAUUAUACCUACCAAGAGCUGUUUCGUACAGGAGGCUUUGUGAUCUCAGAUGAGAAGAUAUUAGAAACUUUAACUUUAGUUCAACUAAAGGAAAUGGUCAAAAUCCUGGAAAAGCUAAAUGGAAAUGGAAGGUGGAAGUGGCUGCUUCACUAUAGGGAAAAUAAAAAGCUAAAAGAAGAUGUAAGAGUGGAUUCAAUUGCACAUAAAAAGAACUUAAUUUUGAAAUCAUAUCAGAGUGCAAAUAUCAUUGAAUUGCUUCAUUAUCACCAGUGUGACUCUCGAUCAUCAACAAAAGCAGACAUUUUGAAGUGUUUAAUAAACCUGCAAAUUCAGCAUAUCAGUGCCAGAUUUGCUGUCUUUCUAACAGAUAAGCCUACUGUCGCCAGAGAAGUCUUUGAAAAUAGUGGAAUCCUCGUUACAGAUGUAAAUAACUUUAUUGAGAAUAUACAAAAAAUAGCAGCUCCAUUCAGGAGUAGCUAUUGGUGACUCGGCUGCAGCUUGCCUAGACAUGAAACGCCAACAACAAAUUGGUACUCUCCCUGAUGUUUGAAAAUGAACAGCUUCUUCUUUAAAAACUCAAUACUUUAUAACUUAGAAAGUUUUCCUUUUGUUUUUUGUAUUUUGCUAAAAUGUCUUACUUCAUAGCAGCACAGUUCUCCAUUCUAUUUGGGUUGCAGUGUUAGUGUUUUAAAUUAUUUUCAUGUUAAACACGCCUUCAAAGAUACUAAUUGUACUUACUAUUAAAAAUAAGGAUUUGAGAACCUGUUUACUUGCAGCAAAAAUAAGUCUAUUCCAACAGAUAGCUUUGUUUUUGCAUGUUAUGUCAGAAGGGAAUGUAAUGGUCUGUUUUAAAGGUUUUACCAUCCUUGAAAAACAGUUUUAUUUGCUGUUGUACAAGCAACACUACAUAAAGUUAAAACCUUUUUUCUAAAUGGUAGAAAUUUAUAAACUGUCAUUUUUCAGUAACUCAGUUUUUAAUGAAUAUUGCACUACAAUGUCAGCCCUCUGAGAAUGAAAUAAUCAUUUAUUUAUGAUAUUAGAAUAAUUUCUACAAUAGUCUUGAAAACCUCAAAACCAGCUAGAAACAGUUAUCUGGAACAAAGGUUUUUGUAAGAAAUUUGUUUCAUUUUUUAAAAUAAAUACAACUAAAAAUCACUAAUUAGUUUUGUAAUUAUUUUAUAGCAAAAACUGAACUUGUAUGUAAUGUUUUAGCAGGAGUAACUAGCUUCUGAAGAACUACCUUUUGGAGACUAGCCUGUUAAGGUGCUUCUGGCAUUCUCACCAUCUUCCCAGAGUUAAUUACACUGAGCAGCAAGCAACAGGAAGCGGACAUUUCUCAUGACCUUUGUAUAAAGCUGUAUUAGAUCUGUUUAGAAACUAUUUUCAAAGUUCUUCAGGGCCCACUGUGCAAUAGUAGCAAAAUAAAUGCCAUGCAAAGCUAGAAGCCUGGCAGUGUAGGUUGAGAUCAGUUAGCCUGAAAAUAGUUUGGGCGCAGGCACCUAGGAUAGGAAAGCUUCUUAAGUGCCUGCACACAUUAUCAUUUGUGAGGUGAAAAAAAAACAAACAAAAAAAACCUGAUUUUACUGCUUUGUACAUUAUACCUAACCAAAAUUGUUUUUUGGUUUUUUUUUAAUCAUCAGAGGGCAUGUGUAUUCUCCACAGUGAAAAAGGAAGUAAGCUAUCCCCAAAGAGA